UUUUGCUUGAUCUCGUGAGGAUCAGUCGUGGAAACAAUACCGAGUGUGUUUACCCCGGCCGGAGGGUUUUCUUGACUAGCUUAUUGUUCCACAACUUUCGUGGUUUCGUUAUGGAAGAUUAGCAGACGUAAUCCAAACGUGCGGAUAACGGAUAUCUUACCUAAAUCUUUACCAUAUUAACGUGAGUUGUGUGUGCAUUGAUUGAAGAAGAUAACGAUUUUUUGGACACCAUGAGACGCCCCUGUCUGUAGUGCGACAAAGAGAUCUGUGAGUCAAGUUUGCAAAGAUCCCGUGUGUUUGAUCUGGCACGGCCCAAUGAAAUACACGACCCUGUGAGUCAAGUUGGCAAAGAUCCCGUGUGUUUGAUCUGGCACGGCCCAAUGAAAUACACGACCCUGCCCGUCAUGUUGAUCCAGGCAAGCAAACAUGCCAGCACGCACAAACCCAAGUCCAAGUGUCCUUACCUCUCCCUGCACAUCAACGACCUGCCCGACGAGGUCCUGGUCAGGAUCUUCACCUUCUUCAGGCCCAUCGAGGACGAUCUGCCCGCGCUCGCCCUCGUCUGCCGGAAAUGGCGCCGUAUCCUGCAGACGACGAGCCAGUUGUGGCGGGAACUGCACAUCAACCCGUCUGUGUACGAGUACUACCACUUCAGCAUGGUGUGCUGUGUGUUCCGCGUGUACGGGUAUCACGUGCACAGACUCACGUGGUACAAGAACUCUCCUGUGUACGAGAGCAUGUUCGCGCUCAUCCCCCGGCUCUACAACCUCCGCUACCUCCGUCUGCCCAUCCUGUGGACCCGGGCCGUGGUUGAAAGCCUGCAGAACCUCAGCCAUCUGGAACACAUCCAAAUCAACGGAGGGUUCGCCCUGACGGACGAUGACCUGGAGCUGAUCUCCGAGUCAUUUCCUGGCCUGAGGGAGGUGUCCUUGAACGCCUGCUGGAGGGUCACGUCUGCAGGUGUUGACCAGUUCCUUUCGUCUUUGGACCGCCUGGAAACGUUCAAGUUAAAAAUCAACUCCGGCCUGCCGCUCCAUGACGUCAGGAGUGAGCACGCCAUGAGGGAGGGGGGGCACAUAGCCCACUCUGUGUCCGAGACCCUCCACUCCCACUGCCUGACCGUCCUGUGCAUCCACUUCAUCCCCAUCGAGAUGGACGAGCUGUGGACAGUGGUCAAGCGACUGACCAGUCUCAAGAAGCUCAGCAUUAGCAACUGUGAGCACCUCCACGGUAUCCGCCUGGUGUCCGACUCGCUGCUCAAGUUCUACCUGUUCAACCUGUGGAACGUCCUGUUCGUCAGCGUGGAGACACCUGAGCUACGUCACAUCACCAUAGACCCGGGCAUGGAGUCCAUGGAGCACCUGGAGCUCUUCGCCCCCAGGCUCCGGCGGGCGUGCAUCAACGGGAGCAAUGUCCUCAGGACGCUCAACAUCAAGAGCGACAAGCUGAGUUUCCUGGAGCUGUCUAACUGUGAGGUGCUGGACAUGAGAAACCUGCGGGAUCAGCUCAAGAGGAACUCGAGCCUGCUGUGUCUAAGGGUGGGCUGUCUCAGUCAGGACAGCCUGCUGUUGGAUGAGGACGUCAUUCCCAACCUGCAGGAGCUGUGCAUGCUGGGAGACUUCUCGUGCGAGGCCGUGCACCUGCGCAGUCCGUGUCUCCGGCUGUUCCACACCGACUCGGACAACGACCUCAUCACCCUCAACCACAUCUACAUCACGGCCAACCACCUGUGUAAGGUGGCACUCAUAGGCAUGCCGGCCCUCAAGACAAUGACGAUACAGUGCGUCAGUGUCGACUCCAUUGAGCUCAACCUGUGCAGUGAUGACCAGCUCCAGCUCGACUCUUGCGUCAUCCAGGCUCUCAGCUCCAUCGGUUUCCUGCGACUCUUUGACUGUAAGGUCAACCUGCUGUCACUGUCCACCCCUCUGGUCAGGACGGUCGUGCUGUACAGGUGUCACGUGACCGACUACGCCCUACAGAUGGCGCUCCACGGGUGUCCCAACAUCAGCCAUCUUAACCUGGAGAAGUGUCGCAACAUCACCAGGGUGUCGCUGGAUGCCCCACCCCUCAAGUUUCUCAACAUGUUUGGGUGCCGGGACAUCCACCGGCUGCAGCUGGACUGUCCGCAGCUACUGGCCAUCAACCUGGGUCAGUGUCCCAAUGUCCGGCUCUUUCUGGCGGGGGUGGAGCAGGAAGUGACGUCAGUCAGCCCGGAUAUCCAGGUGGUCACGCCCUCCGAGAACAUCCGGUGGAGUCACGACUACCCUCCCCAGCUCUACGUCUGUGGCUAGUGGGGGAGGGGGGUACAGAGUGGAGUGCUCACAUUGGUAUGUGGGGUUGACCCUUGCAUCCAUGUGUGUGUUGAGGCUAGCAAGUGUGUGUGUGUGUGUGUGAGUUGAUGCUAGCAAGCGUGUGUGUGUGUUGAUGCUAGCAAGUGUGUGUGUGUGUGUUUUGAUGCUAGCAAGUGUGUGUGUUUGACGCUAGCAGU